CAGGGUGUGCUUUACUUCAAUCUGUCAUUCAAGACAGACAACGUUAUGCUUCUGACGAAUCCAAUGCAAUGAAUACCAAAAAAGCGGCAGCGGACCGAUUGAAAUUCGGACCCUAUUUGACGACGUACAACAAAGACUUCGUGAAAUUCAAAUCGACAGGUAACACGAGCAACAAAUACUUGGCGAAGCAAGAAUUUAAAGAUCCGGUCUGUGAAGGUUUCAAAAAUUGUCUCCACCUGAAUGAUGCCGAUGAUUUUUUGGAAAAGAUGACAAGCGCAAACGCGAAGGUCGCUCGGCUUUAUUUCGACGAGUCCUUGGAUCACAUAAUAAUUAAGGGAGAUCGCCUUUUGAACGGAAAAUCGCUCUACCAGGUCGACUAUUGCGACAUAGAAGCCGACGUAAAAAGAAAACUUCUCCAAACCGAUAAGGAAAAAAUCGCUUUGCCGGAAGGUUGGGAAAUCCCGUUAACCACGCAGAAGUACGAUUAUCGGUCGCCGUUUUGGAGCGAACCGACCAUUUCGCGAUCUGCGGGUAUAAGACACCCUGACAAUCUUGGGCAAAACGAGAAAAUUAAUAAAAUCUUGAACGUGAAAACCGGAGACACCGAGUACAACAGCACCGUCGGCCAACUAGGAGCCUUCGUUGUCGCCGAACAAAUGCACGGCGAGAUCGUCCAUCCGUUAAAUAUAAACCAAACCAAAUAA